UGACUCCCGCCAGGCUAGCUGCAGUUUGGACUCUGAGACCCGGCCGCUCCCCGCCCCCCCCGGCCCUUGGACCCGGCUAAAGUCCCGCUGGCCGCAGACGGGUGCAGCGGCUGCAGCCCAGGAACGGCGCAAAGCGGCCGAGGCGCCGACUGCCGCUCACCCCCGGACUCCCCGCCGCGCGGCCUGUGCACCUGCGCGCGGGCAGCGGCCGUUGCAGAGGGAGGAAGCGCCGCGAGCGGCCCCGCCCCGGCUGGCCGAGGGAGGAUGGCGGAACAAGGCGCCGAGAACCUGUCGGUGGUGGUACAUCGCGCCGGGGACCUGCGCCUGGAAAAUCGCUCGGUCCCAGAACCAGGUCCCAAUGAGGUGCUGCUGAGGAUGCAUUCAGUCGGGAUCUGUGGGUCUGAUGUCCACUAUUGGCAGAAUGGUAGAAUUGGGGACUUUAUCAUAAAGAAGCCCAUGGUGCUAGGGCAUGAGGCAUCCGGAACCGUCAUCAAAGUGGGGUCAUCAGUAACCCAUCUGAAGCCAGGCGAUCGAGUGGCCAUUGAGCCUGGUGCUCCGCGAGACAUCGAUGAAUUCUGCAAAAUCGGACGCUACAAUCUGUCUCCGACUAUCUUCUUCUGUGCGACACCUCCCGAUGAUGGAAACCUGUGCCGAUAUUAUGCACACAAUGCCAGCUUUUGCUACAAGCUUCCAGAUAACGUCACCUUUGAAGAAGGGGCCCUCAUUGAACCACUUUCUGUGGGAAUCCAUGCCUGCCGAAGGGGCGGAGUCACUCUGGGAUCCAAAGUCUUAAUCUGUGGGGCUGGACCCAUUGGGCUAGUUUGCUUGCUCGUCGCCAAGAUGAUGGGUGCUGCCCAGGUAGUAAUCACUGAUUUAUCCGCCUCCCGCCUGGAAAAAGCCAAAGAGAUUGGGGCAGACUUCACCAUUCAGAUAAAGAAAGAAACCCCAAAGGACAUGGCCUGCAUGGUGCAAGGUUUGCUUAACUGCAUGCCUGACAUAACCAUGGAGUGCUCCGGGGCAGAGGCCAGCAUCCAAACUGGCAUUUACGCCACUCGCUCGGGCGGGACCCUGGUUCUGGUGGGGCUGGGACCGGAGAUGGUCCAUGUCCCCAUCGUGAAUGCUGCUGUGCGGGAGGUGGAUAUCAAGGGGAUAUUUCGCUACUGCAAUACGUGGCCCAUGGCGAUUUCUAUGCUUGCAUCCAAGAGAGUGGACAUCAAGCCUUUGGUUACACACCGCUUCCCUUUGGAAAAAGCGCUGGAGGCCUUUGAGACAACCAAGAAGGGUUUGGGGGUGAAAGUUAUGCUAAAGUGUGACCCCAGUGACCAGAAUCCCUGAAGCAUGGCACUGCACUCCUCCCCUAUUAUACUGCCUGGCUUAAAGACGACGAAUGGGCUCUAUAGUGAGAUGGGAACUGUAAUCAUAAGUUUAUAAGUAGUAUGUAGUGUUUGGGGAAUAAAGUUACCAUCACCUGUUGUGCAGACAGUGCAUUGAAGGAAAAGGGAUUAUGGGUUAAGGAUAUUUACAGCCUUAUAGCUGCUUAAAUGGGGAACAACUAUUUGGGAACCAAAUUUGGGCCAAAAUCCUCCCCUCAGAUCUGUACAGGAGAUCUUGUCUCAGUCUUCUUCCCCUACGAAUGCAGCUCACUGAGGAUCCUGAGAGGAGAACUUUUCUCCUGGAGAGGACCUGUUGGUAUUCACCUCUUCUCUAAUAGACUAUACAUUCUGAAAACCAUCGAUCUCUCUAUGUUGUAUAUCGGACAAAGGGCUUCACCCUGCCCACUUGCAUUGAAGAACCACCUAUGUCACAGCCGGGAUUUGUACAUGCUGAAGCACUGAAUAAGAGUUUCACACUUGACUCCUGUUGAUGGUAAUGAAAAUUGUGCAGAAUAGUUUGUCUGGGGCUCUAUUCAAGGCUGGGACAAUACUAUUCUGGGCCAAGAUUUGUUCUAAGCGGGUGUUGGGCCUGUUCGGUGCGGUCAGACCUGUGUACAAUCCCCUGCAAAGCGGAGUUAUGGAAUACUAAUACUUGAAUACUCUGUCAGGGAUUUACAAACAUGGAAUGAAGUCUGGGCAUUUCAUCUCUGUGUGAUGUUCUUUAACAUUCAUGUUGUAAAAGGGGGGGAGGGAUAGCUCAGUGGUUUGAGCAUUGACCUGCUAAACCCAGGGUUGUGAGCUCAAUCCUUGAAGGACCAUUUAGGGAUCUGUGGCAAAAAAAAUCUGUCUGGGGAUUGGUCCUGCCUUGAGCAGGGGGUUGGACUAGAUGACCUCCUGAGGUCCCUUCCAACCCUGAUAUUCUAUGAUUUUUUUUUCUUUUUCUUGGGGAGGGGGGGAGAGAUAGCUCAGUGGUUUGAGCAUUGGCCUGUUAACCCCAGGGUUGUGAGCUCAAUCCAUGAGGGAGCCAUUUAGGGAUCUGGGGCAAAAAAUCUCAGGGACAGUACUUGGUCCUGCUAGCGAAGCCAGGGGACUGGACUCAAUGUCCUUUCAGGGUCCCUUCCAGUUCCAUGAGAUAGGCAUAUCAAAUGCAAGUUGUUUUCCCAUAAUGUUUGCAAACAGCUUUAACAAGACACACACCAUUCAGGCUCCAGCAGUCACAAAGCACUUGCAAGAGAAACCAGCCAUGGCUACUGUCAAGGUUCCUUUCCCACUCUGAACUCUAGGGUACAGAUGUGGGGACCUGCAUGAAAACCUCUAAGCUUAACUACCAGCUUAGAUCUGCUUUUGCUGCCACCACCCACAUUAUUUAUGAGUUAUUUGGGAAACUCUGUGUACCUCCCCUCCACCCCCCCAGAAUAUCUCCCUCCCAAGUAAUAUAACCCUUCCCUGGGUAGCCUUGAGAGACUUCUCCACCAAUUUCCUGGUGAGUCCAAAUCCAACCCCCUUGGAUCUUAAAUCAAGGAAAAAUCAAUCAGGUCCUUAAAAAGAAGGUUUUUAAUUAAAGAAAGAAAGGUAAAAAUCAUCUCUGUAAAAUCAGGAUGGAAAAUAACUUUACAGGGUAAUCAGAUUCAAAGAGCCCAGAGGAACCCCCUCUAGCCUUAGGUUCAAAGUUACAGCAAACAGAGGUAAACCCUCUAGCAAAAGGAACAUUUACAAGUUGCGAAAACAAAGAUGAACCUAACACGCCUUGCCUGUUACUUACAAGUUUGAAAUAUGAGAGACUUGUUCAGAAAGAUUUGGAGAGCAUGGAUUGAUGCCCAGUCCCUCUUAGUCCCAAGAGCGAACAACCCCCAAAACAAAGAGCACAAACAAAAGCCUUCCCCACACCAAGAUUUGAAAGUAUCUUGUCCCCUUAUUGGUCCUUUGGGUCAGGUGUUACCUGAGCUUUACAGGUAAAAGGAUUUUGGUGUCUCUGGCCAGGAGGGAUUUUAUAGUAUAGUACACAGAAGGGCUGUUACCCUUCCUUUUAUAGUUGUGACAGCUACUCCAUCAUUCCCCACCUAGACAUCUCCACCUGUGAGGGGAAUGUGGAGGCUGCAGAGCAGACACUCUUUGACAUUCUUACCAGCAGCAGGAUUAGGUUCCAUGGUAGUGCAAAAAGGCUACACUUACAGCUUCUUCUGCUGCUAGCACUAGUGGAUCUGCACCCAUGGAGAAUUACAGAUCCAGAUUUUGCAACACAGGAUACAAAGAUGGGUUGAGCAGCCCCUUUUCUUCCAGUGAAAAGUGAGCAUUGGGGAAGGAAAGGCGACUUCACAAGAGUUUCCAUGGGUUUAUUGGUUUGUUGUUUUUUAGCACAGGAGGUUGUACUGAAGAGGUGAAGUCUGCAAUGCUUACCCAUCCACUGCACCAGCUCUGUGCACACUAUCCCUGCACAAUGAGAAUGGAAAGCUUUAAGCCAGAGGCUGGACUGAUCUGCCUGGGGGAGGGGCAGAGGCCAGUCACUAGAGGGGUUUAGCUACUUUGAUGAAAUAAUAAUUCAUUAAAAAUGUUUUGUUCUUAAAUUCUGAUAACACAGGAAAAGAUGGGAUAUGUUGAAUGGUAGGUGCUCAGUUUGUGAUUGGAUGUUCAGCAGCUUGGAUCUGUGCCACUGCAAUUGCUUCUCUCAGAGCUAGGCAUGCCCCAUUUGCCUAGGGAGUGCCUCUGUUGGGUGUGCCCAAAGGAGCUAAAAGGGGGUUACAGAUUUUAAUCCAUAUCACAAGCACAGGGCAAUGAUUUGUGCUGUGGGGUACAAGCUCACUGAGUUGCAAAUAACAAAACAGCCUGCUAUUUCCAUCUCCUACUUUGUGUUUCCAGUUGUUUUUAUUCUGUUAGCAAGAAAUCUGCCUAAUGGCCUGAGGUCUGUUUCUUGGGCCAGUACUGAGCUUUCACAAUAAAUGUUGAUGGAAAUGG